AUGUCCGAACGAAUCUAUGGCGUCACGCCACCUAUCUCCACGGCUUUACCGACAGAGCAGGAGAAACGACUGAACAACGCGCUGCACCAGGAGCUGCGCGCCCAGGGUACUUUCGAGAGCCCUGCCGAGACCGAAAAGAGAAGGGAAGUUCUGCGUCACCUCGAGAAGAUUACGAAUGUGUUUGUGCAGAAGGCGGCAGAGAAGAAGGAGCCCAAGAACACCAUCUUGAUUCGAGAUGCCAUUGGAAGGGUGUUCACCUACGGCAGCUACCGUCUCGGUGUCUACGGUCCCGGUUCCGAUAUGGAUACGCUCGUCGUCGCGCCGAAAUAUGUCACCGUCAAAGAGUAUUUCGAGAUCUUCCCCCAGGUCCUCGUCGAGAUGGCCCCGCCUGGCGCCAUCACCGAUUUGACACCCGUCCCCGAGGCGUUUGUGCCCAUCAUCAAGUUUGAGUUCUCCGGCAUCAGCAUCGAUCUUAUUUUCUGCUCGAUCCAAUCCCUCAAACAGUUGCCCGACGACAAGAAUUGGAGCUUAGCCGACAACAACCUGCUCCGCGGGUUGAGCGAGAACGAGGUGCGAUCGUUGAACGGAACUCGAGUCACAGAUGACAUCUUGAAUCUCGUCCCCGAACCAGCCACAUUCAAACUCGCUCUCCGAGCGAUCAAACUCUGGGCGCAACGGAAGGCCAUCUACGCGAACAUCAUGGGUUAUCCCGGUGGUGUGGCCUGGGCGAUGCUCGUGGCCCGCGUCUGCCAGUUGUACCCCAAAGCCACAAGCGCGGUGGUUGUCAACAAAUUCUUCCAUAUCAUGUGCAAGUGGCCAUGGCCGCUUCCCGUCCUCCUCCAGGAGAUUGAGUAUGGGUGCCCGGUCACUAGGGUCGCGGUGUGGAAUCCGAAGAUUUAUCCCAGUGACCGACACCACAAGAUGCCCAUCAUCACGCCGUCCUACCCAUCCAUGUGUGCCACACACAACAUUGGCAAGUCAUCCAUGGCAGUUAUCAAGGAAGAGCUCGGGGCAGGGGUGCAGGUAACAGAGGACAUCAUGCUGGGAAAGCGGCAGUGGAAAGACCUCUUCACGAAGCACACCUUUUUCACUUCAGGCUUCAGGUACUAUCUCACAGUUAUCGCGUCCAGCAGGACCAAGGAAGCGCAGAAUGUCUGGUCCGGGUUUGUUGAGUCGAGGGUACGACUGUUGGUGAACAAGCUCGAGAUGCACCCUUCCAUUGCUUUAGCCCGGCCCUUUAACAAGGGUUACGAACGAGAGCACCGAUGCAAGAACAAUGCGCAAGUCGAGGAUGUGGUGUUUACAGGCAGCCUUGCUCACGUAUACAAACCACCCGCUGAUGCUGAGAACCCUGUGAAGGCGGAACCCAAGCAAGAAAGCAAGACGGCAGCCAAUGGCAUGCCGGCCAAGGAAGAACAGAACCCCCAAGUGAAGACAGAGAAUGGCGUGCCGAUGAAGCAGGACCUUUCAGAAACGGCACCACCACCCGCGACCACACCCGAAAGCAAACCCAACAUCAAAGACGAACCUGCCGACCUCAACGGUAGCAGCCACGACGACAAGGACGACAUCAAGCUCCAUGACAUCCCCGAGAUGAAGAAGCCCGAGCCCGAAGAGAUGGAAAUGUACACCACUAACCACUACAUCGGGCUACAGUUAGUCGAGGGCGCCCGGUCGCUCGACCUCUCGCGCGAAGUCAACGACUGGAAGGCCAUGUGUACCUCCAACGAGUUGUACAAGGAAGGCAAGAUGUUCUUGUCCAUCCAGCACAUCAAGAACACCGCUCUGCCCGACGACGUCUUUGAACCCGGCGAGACCAAGCCUAAGCCCGUUAAGAAGAGCCUCAAGCGUCUCGCGUCGGAAGAGCCGGGCAACAGGCAAUCCCUACCACCCGCCAAAAGACCGACUCCGGCUGCGGGGAACAAACCGCCACUCCCGAGGCCGACGGCGGCUUCGGCCCAACAGAAACAGCAGCAGUCGCAGCAGCAGCAGCGCCCACAGCAACCCUCUUCCAAGGCUGCGGCCGCGGUGGGUUAG